GCAGUAUUUGACAAAUCCAUUCAAACUUGUAAUUGUUGCUAGAAUCAUGUCGUUUCGAAUGCAAGAUGUAGAUUCCGUUACAGAGCCUGUACUUACACAGCAAGAUUUGUUUCCUCCCCGUCAAGAAUCUUCGGAACAGGUCCAAGCUGCUAUUGCUCAGUUAGUUCCUCAGGCUCGAUCGACUAUUCAAGCUGGAAAUGCUGUGGAAGGGUUACGGAUUUUAUUGUCUUAUGUACCUUUUGGAGACGAUGUUCAGGAAGCUAGACAACAAUACUUAUCCGCCUUUGUUGACUUGCUGAGCUACAUCCGGUCCACUGAUAUUAUAGCAUUUUUAAAACAACGCAGUACUGAAGAUUUAGAUAACAUGAUGAACUUUAUUUAUCGUGCACUUGCACAUCCUCAAGCCUAUAAUCCCUCUGUUUUGCUAAACUGGCAUGAAAAGAUUGUUCAAGUCAAUGGGAUUGGAUGCAUCACUCGUGUAUUAAACAGCAGACCCGACAUGUAACGCAAGCGAAUCAAAACCUCAGAUAAAAACAUGAAAAGCAGAAAAGCGAAACCUGGCGCUCGCCUUUUUUACCUUCAUUUCAAAGCGACCAUGGAUGUUUCUAUCGGGGUUCUUAAUUGAUUCUUCCUUAUGACUGCUAUGAUUGUUUGCUAUCCUCGGUAGCGGGCUAAAAUUUUCUAAAUUAUGUGUUAGCAAAAACACGCUUCCUUGCUAGUUUCGCUACUUUUCCUCUUUUAGAUAUGAACGUAAUUCGCUUUUGAUAGAAGAAUUAUGAAUGAUUUCUACUUUUUGCAGCAUACCCGUUUAACAUUUUGAAUAUGGAUCGGCUGAAUUUUCUUUUCCCCGGUUCGUUCUGCUUCAAUGUUGGCUUCUUUCAAGAGUGA